GUCAAACAGCGGGAGGUCACCCACUGAGGGAGACGCAGAGGACUGGCUGUGACUUGUGACUGCAUCGUGGAGAUGUUGUAAUCUGGAGACAGUGCUUUUUAAAAAAAGAAAAAUUUAUUUAAAAAAAUCCCUGUCCUCACAGUCACAAUGUGGAAAGAGGGACCGAGAACCAGCUUCAGCUCGGCGGGACCUUGCGCCGCUGCCGCCGCGGUCACCUGUUUGCUGGUGACCGGGAUGCUGGUCGUCACCGGCGGACAACCGAGCACCGGAGAAGAGGCGGAGGAUCCCCCGGGGAAAGUUUUCUCCUCGUAUUUUAGGAAGCUGAGCCGGGAGAGGAGGGCGAUGAGCGGCCCUCCGCGGAGCCGCGCGCCCCCUGCCCCGGUGGAGCGUCUCUCUCCUGGUGACCUCUUCGUAGCGGUGAAGACCACCGGGAGGUAUCACCGGCAGAGGCUGGAGCUGCUGCUGGACACCUGGAUCUCCAGAAACAUGCCACAGACGUACGUGUUCACUGAUGGUGAGGACGAGAAGCUGAGGAAGAGGAUGGGAGAUCACCUGAUCAACACAAACUGCUCGGCGGCGCACAAUCGGCAGGCCCUUUCCUGUAAGAUGGCCCUGGAGUAUGAUGCUUUUAUCGGCUCGGGAAAGAAGUGGUUCUGUCACGUCGAUGACGACAACUACGUGAACACGGGCGCCCUCCUGAAACUCUUGUCCCAGUACAGCCACAGCCAGGACGUCUACAUCGGACGGCCGAGCCUCGAAAGGCCGAUAGAGGCCACGGAGAGGCUCGGCUCCUCUGAUAUGGUACGUAAAAAAAAAAAAGAAAAAAGAAAAAAGAAACGUACAUCACGUGGCUCCCAAAGCGACGCCUCCCUUCACUCAUGCAGUUGUGUUUGUGCGCAGAAGCAGGUGCGUUUCUGGUUCGCCACGGGAGGAGCGGGUUUCUGUCUGAGCCGGGGCCUCGCGCUGAAGAUGAAACCCUGGGCGAGCGGCGGCACUUUCAUGACCACGGCCGAGCGCAUUCGCCUCCCCGAUGACUGCACCGUCGGUUACAUCGCGGAGGCACUGCUCGGCGUCAGCCUCAUCCGCUCGCCGCUGUUCCACUCCCACCUGGAGAACCUGGGGCUGGUCUCCGACGUACACAGCCAGGUCACCCUGAGCUACGGCACUGUGGAAAACAGCAGGAACGCUGUAAAUGUAAAAGGUCCAUUCUCCAUAAACGAGGAUCCCACCAGGUUCAGGUCUGUCCAUUGUCUGCUGUACCCAGACACCGUGUGGUGUCCCGGCCCCUGGCGACGGUAAUCCAGAGAAGAGGGAGGCAGGGAGCGAUGGGCGAGGAGCUGCCGCCCUCCUCGGCUCCUCCGACUCUUGAGAAACGUCUGAGGCGGUCGGAUGAUAACGUUUUCCACACAUCCCACAGCAGUCUGACCAGCAGACUGACUCUUUUUUUUUUUUUUUUUUUUAAAAAGGAGAACUGUUACAUUAGUUUGACGUCUGAACUCUGACCCUGUGAAUUAUUGCUCCGUGGAAAAUCAGCCAAAAACUGCAACGAGAGCAACUUUGCGUAAAAUCUGGCCCGGGGAGUGGGUGGGGGAGGGGGGUGAGGGGGGUGCAUGUCGACACGGAGCUGAAUCCGUCAGACCUGCCUCAGCUUUCUUCUUGUCAGCUUUAGCCGUGCGUUCAGCUCAAUGCUAAUGUUCGCUAAGGGCCUUAUUCUGACCCACUGAAGCCCCGUUUCUACGUUUCACAGGCAUCAUAUUUACCAGAACAGCUGAAUUAGGCAGCUUCAGAUGCGCUGGAGGGUACAGUUUGCCACCACUCCGCUUCCUGUUUUCCAGUCGUUGUGCGAAGUUAAACCGAGGAACGAACUCCUUGUCGCUUCAUGUUUAUCAUGCAGGCGGCGGCGGCAGCAGCAGCAUUGUGUCUCUUCAUCUCACACUGCGUAUGAAUGCGGAGAAAAACAAUCAGAAGAGGCUGCUGCAGCUCCCGUUGCACCGGAUAAUUAAAUCCAAGUAAUUAACUGUAUAUUAACUACGUGUGAAAAAUGGACGAGCCCACCAACACUUCACAGCAGCUGUCACUCAAAGCAGCUGUUUACCUAUUUUUUUUUUUUUAUUCAUUCAUUUAUUUUUUUGCAGUUUCCCUAUUUAUGCAGAAAUUGCAGAAACGUUUCGAAUAUUCAACGCACGUCUUUGCAGUUUGCCAGGCUCAAGUCUUAUCAGGAGACGGGUCUGGAGACAUGCUGCUUGGAUGCGUUUCAGUCAGCGCAGAGAAAAAAAAAAAUACCUCCGCGCAUAUUUCAAUAGUCCUACAACCAAUCAGUAUAAUCAGUAAACAAACUCCAUUGUUACCCCUCUGUCCAUCACCGCACGAACCCCACCCCAACUGUGUGACUGGCACAGUCUGCCUUGAUUAAUUAGUCUGGAGCGUCCCCGGACCAACUCCCUGCCACAAAUAUUUGUGGGCGGGGGACGUCGCUCCUGCUCCCAGGCUACCGAGAGCCAUGAAUCUUUACUAAUUGUCACGGCUGUUUAGCAAUAGGACCCGAAUGUCAAACGCAAGACACAGAGGGAUAAGGCAGGAGGAAAAGGAAUUUGGAGACAGCUUACCAGAGAAAAAUGAGGCCUUCGCAACGCGAGUAACACAAGGAACUAACAGGGGUGACAUCGCGGACAACGUGGCCGACAACAAAAGGAAUGGCAGGGAUAUAUAUAUGCACACACACGCCUUGGUGACGAGAAUAAGGUGAAACUAAUGACAAUGAAUCAAAUUUUACCGGCAACAAAAGUAAAGACAUUUCAGUUUAAAGCGUCUAACCAGUGGACUAUAAGCCACGUUUCAUCAGGCCUUCAUCGUGGCUAAAGAUGAGAUUGAUAAAUCUUGAUUUAAAUUUACCCCUGAAUUCAACAGACACAAGCCUCUGAAGUACUGAUGAUAACUGUGCCCCGUUCCGUUCCACACAUCUCUAGCGUCAUCUUCCUCGGCUGCGAACGAAUCGAUCUUUUAUUUAAAUGUGUUUGCUCACCCCCCACCCCGCCCCCCACACCCCUCCUGUUACAGCGCACACGUGAAGGACAAGGACGUAAUCAGUCGUUUGUUCGCUUUUCGUUAUCGUUUCGAUGGGAUUCAGAGACUCUAGACUCUCAUCGGUGUUCAGUGUUAACCUCUCUCUGAAGUAUAUAUCAAGACCGAGCACUUUGCUCUUUUUUGUUUUUUUAUUUCUGCUGUUUGCGAUUUAGCGUUUGAGUAAAAGUGCAUUAGAGGAGUAGUGCGACAUUUUGGGAAAACGUAUUUGCUUUGCAUGUUUGUGCUGGAUUAAAUAAAUGCAAACAUAUAUAAAUAUAUAUAUAGCAUGCUCAUUAGAGGCUAGCUGUUUCCAUUCCUAGUGCUAAGCUAAGCUAACAGGCUGCUUACUGUAGCCUCACAUUUACCUGCACGAGAGUGGGAUCAAUCUUCUCAGCCCAACAACCAGACUUCCCACCAAAUGUCCAGCUGUUCUUUUAAGAGUUAAAAGAAUUACUUACCGUUUUGAAACCACCCGGUGAUUAAAAAUAUUCCAGAAAAUGUGUUUAUAUGACAGACGUAUUUGAGAGUCUUGUAGGAUCGCAAUCGAGACUCAGCCACUUUGAGGUUUUACCGAGAAAUGACUCAUGUUGAGUCGUCUUCUAUCUUUCUGUGCAUUGAAAGCAUCGAAUUAAGAAUGAAGUAAGUUAAAUUGUCCCUUGUUACAUGAAUGUAUAUGAUGAACCGUUGCUUGUGAAGCAUGUGCACGUUCUCUCCAGUAUCUGGACUGUAUGUAGACACUGUGGUUAAUAAACAAAUAUUUGAAGGCG